GCCCCCCAUUCAAGAAGCCGCUCCGCUAUCCCGGCCAGCACAGGGCGCCCCGGCGCGCCUCGGAGCGCACGUCCCGCGCCUUCUCCAGCCCGUUUGCUGGACAUUAUGCGUCCAAGCAGCCGAGCCCCAGUCCUCCUCCUCCUCCGGCUCCUCCUGCGGCCCGAGCCGCUCAGCUCUCGGCAGGCGGCAGCGUUGCUCAGCCGAGCGCAGACGGGACCCUCACCGCAAGACCUCAGCGACUCCUAAAGUCAAAAGUUGGCGGCCGGCACCCGGCUCCGCGCGCUCUCCCACUGCCGUUGCCUUGCGUCGCCGCUUCAGCCAAACCCCGCAGGAGGGAGGGGGGGUGGGGACAGGGGGGAGGGGUGGGGAGCACCAUGCAGUUUGUAUCUUGGGCCACACUGCUAACGCUCCUGGUGCGGGACCUGGCCGAAACGGGGAGCCCAGACGCCGCGGCGGCCGUGCGCAAGGACAGGCUGCACCCAAGGCAAGUGAAAUUAUUAGAGACACUGAGCGAAUACGAAAUCGCGUCUCCCAUCCGAGUGAACGCUCUCGGAGAACCCUUUCCCAGGAACGUGCACUUCAAAAGAAGGCGACGGAGCAUUAACUCUGCCUCUGACCCCUGGCCUGCCUUCGCCUCCUCCUCCUCUUCCUCCUCUACCUCCUCCCAGGCGCAUUACCGCCUCUCCGCCUUCGGCCAGCAGUUCCUAUUUAAUCUCACCCCCCAUGCCGGAUUUAUCGCUCCACUGUUCACUGUCACCCUCCUCGGGGAGCCCGGGGUGAACCAGACCAAGUUUUAUUCUGAAGAAGAAGCGGAACUCAAGCACUGUUUCUACAAAGGCCAUGUUAAUAGCAAGUCAGAGCACACGGCAGUCAUCAGCCUAUGCUCAGGAAUGCUGGGCACAUUCCGGUCCCAUGAUGGGGAUUAUUUUAUUGAACCGCUGUUGUCUGUGGACGAACAAGAGGAUGAAGAGGAACAAAACAAACCCCAUAUUAUUUAUAGGCGCAGCACCUCACAGAGGGAGCCCUCCAUAGGAAGGCAUGCAUGUGACACUUCAGCUGCUUCUGCACCCCUUCUUUGA